AUGGGUUGUACAAGCUCCAAACUCGACGAUCUCCCGGCGGUUGCUCUCUGCCGUGACCGCUGCUCUUUCCUCGAAGCAGCGAUUCAGCAGCGUCACCUAUUAUCCGAAUCCCACGUGGCGUACACUAACUCGCUUAGAGGAAUCGGUCACUCACUCCACCUCUUCAUCAACCACCACCACCGUUUCGUCUCUUCCGGCGGCGCUAACGCCGGAGGAGGAGCAGACUCUCCUCGACUCAACCUCCCUCCUCAGAGAAAAGGCGACCUCGAAGAAGAAAAAAAAUCCCCUCCCAAGAAAGCAAAACUACCUCACGCCCACGCCCACGCCCACUCCGGGUCGGGUUCUGAUUCGGGUCAUCUCGAAUUCGAUUCGGAUUCAGACUCCGACGACGAAGAUGAUGAUGAAGGCCACCUCGAUUUGGAUUCGGACUCUUUACAUCAUCUCUCUCCUCAACACCACCACCAUCUCGGUCAUUUCCCGAUACAAGAUUCCUUACCUUACAUGGAACAACAACAACAACAACCGGGUUAUAAUACCCGGUACCCGAAUCCGGAAAUGAUGAUGGGCCAUCAACAUCUCCCUCCACCUUCUGCUUACUCAGGAGGAAGUUAUAUGCACAUGAAUUACAUGAAAAACAAGUCACAGCCUCCUUCGGUAAUCUAUGAGCAAAGACCAAGCAGUCCUCAAAGAGUCUACAUGGGUGAAUCAUCAUCUUCUUCUUACAAUCCUUAUCCUUCUAAUUUCGGAUACUCAAAUACCGGACCCGGACCCGGAUACUACGGUUCUUCUUCUUCUUCAAGUGGUAACACCUCUAAACCGCCUCCGCCUCCUCCUUCGCCACCUCGGUCCAACGGGUGGGAUUUUUUGAAUCCGUUUGAUGUUUACUACCCUCCGUACACUCCGAGUCGAGAUUCUAGAGAGCUUAGGGAGGAAGAAGGUAUCCCGGAGCUGGAGGAGGACGAUUCACAGUACGAGGUUGUUAAGGAAGUUCACGGGAGACCGAAGUUCGCCGCCGCCGGUGGAAAUAAUAAACAACCGCCUCCCGUCGCCGUGUACAGAGAAGAGGCUCCUUCUCCGUCUCCUCCUCCGCCGGUUGCUGAUAAAUCAGGGGCUAGCACUAGCGGCGGCGAUGCGGCGGAGGCGGCGAUGUAUCAGUCGAGACCGAGCGUGUCGGUGGAGAAGAAAGGUGUGGAGUACGAAGUGCAUGUGGUUGAGAAGACUGUUGUUGAAGAUGGUGGAAACGAAGAGAGACGGAGUAAUGCUACUGGGACACGUGGCGGAGGUGGUGGAGGAGGAGGAGGUGGGCCACGUGCGGUGCAUGAGGUUGCUAAAGAGAUUGAGAAUCAGUUUGUGAAAGCUGCGGAGUCUGGAAGUGAGAUUGCUAAGUUGCUUGAAGUUGGGAAGCAUCCUUACGGUCGUAAACAUGCUUCGAAGUUGUUACAUCCUUCGUUACCUUCUACCUCUGGAGGAGGAUCUUCGGCUUCUGCUGCUGCUGCUGCGCCGGCUUCUUACGCAGACAUUGAAGAAGAGCUUGCUUCAAGGUCGAGGAAUCUUUCUUCUACAUUGCAUAAGCUUCAUCUUUGGGAGAAGAAGCUUCACCAUGAAGUGAAGGCUGAGGAGAAGUUACGUGUAGCUCACGAGAAGAAGCUAAGGAAACUAAAGCGUUUGGAUGAAAGAGGUGCUGAAGCUACUAAAGUAGACACAACUCGUAAGUUAGUGAGAGACAUGUCAACGAAGAUACGGAUAGCGAUUCAGGUUGUGGAUAAAAUCUCUGUGACGAUUAAUAAGAUUAGAGACGAAGAUCUAUGGCCGCAACUUAAUGCAUUGAUUCAAGGGCUUACAAGAAUGUGGAAAGCAAUGCUUGAGUGUCAUCAAAGUCAAUGUCAGGCCAUUAUGGAAGCUCGUGGGCUAGGCCCUAUAAGAGCGAGCAAGAAACUCGGUGAAGAGCAUUUAGAGGCAACGAGUUUGCUAGGACAUGAACUUAUCAACUGGAUAUUGGGAUUCUCUAGCUGGGUCAGCGCGCAGAAAGGUUAUGUAAGAGAGUUGAAUAAAUGGCUCAUGAAAUGUCUUCUCUAUGAACCCGAGGAGACGCCAGAUGGCAUCGCUCCUUUCUCGCCUGGUCGUAUGGGAGCUCCACCGAUCUUUGUGAUAUGUAACCAAUGGUCUCAAGCUCUGGACAGGAUAUCCGAGAAGGAAGUUAUCGAGGCAAUGCGUAGUUUCACUACAAGUGUGCUUCAGCUUUGGGAGCAAGAUCGGUUAGAGACGAACAUGAUGGGGCAUGGUGAUUCGGAGAAGAGAGUUAGGAACAUGGACAGGGAGGAACAGAGGAUACAUAGAGAGAUUCAAGCGCUGGAGAAGAAGAUGGUUCUUGUGGCACCUGGUGAUGGUACUAAUAGUCUUUCUUUGUCUGGAAACGUUGUCUACCAGAGUGAUACGAGCAAUGAUAGUUUACAAGGGAGUUUGCAGCGGAUUUUUGAAGCUAUGGAGAGAUUCACUGCUGAAUCUGUGCGAGCUUAUGAUGAUCUCUUAGUGCGUGCUGAAGAAGAAACUGCUCCACGAGAACUUGAGGAAGAUGAUGAGGAAUAAUAAACAUAACAGGAGGAGGAAGGAUCUUUGCUUUAUUGCUGAUCUUGCAAUGCUGGGAAUACCUGUACGGUUGGGUAUACUAGAAAACCAUCUGAGACUCGGGCAAGAAGAGCCCCCAUCAUGAUGAUGAUCUAAGAGGAGGCAUAAACCGAGUAAAGAGACUACUGCCAAAUGUUCGGUUUACAGAUGCGGUUUAGUGCAAGAAGGUUUGAACCGGAUGGUUUACAUUGCUAUGGUAGAUGAAGGUUUGAUAACAUUGUUACUUUACCAUAUAUGAUGCAGGUUGCAGAUAUUAGUGUGAGUCUAUUAAUUUUUAUUUAGGGCAGUGUAUACAUAAGACGUUUAGGAUGCAACUUUUGGUAGUUCAGAACAAUUAUUUUGUAAAAUCCGGAGGUAGCUCAGGCAAGUCUCUCUUUCUUUUAACAUAAGAUUAAAAAUGUGUAAUCAUUUUAUGAUAAGUUACAAACUAUUA